AUGUCAGCGGUAGGACGGGAUAUGGAGAACGCGAAAAUAUGCAGGGGAGAAAGAUAUGCUGGUAACUGGCUAGAUGGGAUUAGGUCUGCAGGAAAAGAACACAGAGGCUUCUGGAAUGUUGAGAAAGACCAAAACCUCUCCUCUCUCUCUCCCUCUUUCUCUUUUCUCUCUCCUACCCACCCCCUGUCUUACACGCACGCGCACUUACACAGACAGACAGACAGACGCACACUGGAAAUGGAGAGAUCUAUCUAUCUAUCUAUCUCAGCCUUUUUCACAUCUAUCUAUCUAUCUAUCUAUCUAUCUAUCUAUCUAUCUCAGCCUUUUCCGUUUCUAUCUAUCUAUCUAUCUCAGCCUGUCCACAUCUAUCUAUCUAUCUAUCUCAGCCUGUCCACAUCUAUCUAUCUAUCUAUCUAUCCAUCUAUCUAUCUAUCUAUCUAUCUAUCUAUCUAUCUCAGCCUUUUCCGUUUCUAUCUAUCUAUAUAUCUCAGCCUGUCCACAUCUAUCUAUCUAUCUAUCUAUCUCAGCCUGUCCACAUCUAUCUAUCUAUAUAUCUAUCUAUCUAACUCAGCCUUUUUCAUUUCUAUCUAUCUAUCUAUCUCAGCCUGUCCACAUCUAUCUAUCUAUAUAUCUAUCUAUCUAACUCAGCCUUUUUCAUUUCUAUCUAUCUAUCUAUCUAUCUAUCUAUCUAUCUAUCUAUCUAUCUAUCUAUCUAUCUAUCUCAGCCUUUUUCAUUUCUAUCUAUCUAUCUAUCUAUCUAUCUAUCUAUCUAUCUAUCUCAGCCUUUUUCAUUUCUAUCUAUCUAUCUAUCUAUCUAUUUAA